CUGCGGCUCCAACAGAGAGCUGUUUUUGUUAUGCUAAAAUGUGCUCCUUGAUUUAGUUUGUAGCUAAAAACGUUGCAUACGGCAGGAUGUGGAUGCAAAGUGAGGACAUUGCAGAGUCAGAGUCUGACGGAGAGGGGGGUUUAUCUUCCGAUGAUGAGGGAGACAUUCAGUGCGAGAUCCUGGAAAUUCAGAGGGAUGAAGCUAACCAGAGACUGUCUGAACUGGAGGAAGCGUCGAAUCAGCUCUUGAAAGAGAUAAAUGUUCUGGAGAUGCAGUUCCAGAUGGAGCGCUCCUGCAGGGAGAGUGCUGAGGCGCUGGCUGUCAAAGUGACCAAAGAGAACAAAGUGCUGAAGAGAAAAAGCCAGAUGAUGAUGCCGCUCAUCCCGGAGCUCCCUGAAAACUUCGAUGGCUUGACCUUUGACCAGGAGACCGACCCCGCGGUUAACGGUGAGGACGUGUUCGACCUCGGUGAGGAGACGCUGCUGCAGAGUCAGGCCAGCAUCGCAGAGUUGCAGGCAUCAGUGGACGGUCUGCUGGCUGAGAAGCUGCAGCUGGAGCAACGGGUGGAGGAUCUGACAAAAGAGCAGGUCCACCUCACAGAACAGCUAGCUCUGGAGGUUGAGGAGAAAGAGGCCAUCCUGAGGAAAAUUAGCAAACAGAGCAAGACCAUGAAUAAAAUCAAACGAGUCUCUCAGCUUGUCACAGAUGAGUUCACGGACAUGUCUCAGAAGCUGGAGCUGGAGCAGGGCCUCCGGCAGCACGCUGAAGUCUUCGCCCACCAGAUGUUGGUGCAGAAGGAGGCGGCUCACAGCGAGUGUGUGACGCAGCAGAGCUCGGACACCGGCCUGCAGCUGCAGCGGGCGCUGGAGCAAAUCUCCAACAUCAGCACGGCACUGUGUGAUAUACGGCGCCUCUACCAGGAGCAGGUUAAACCGAGUCAGGGCGCUGGGGAUGAGAGCAGCAUUGUCUCUGAGCUGCAGAACCUGAGAGCAGAGCUGGAGAGCAGCGAGGAGGAGAGGAAGACUUUGGAGACGCAGCUGUCUGAGGCUAACAGCACUGUCACUCAGCUCCAGGAGGAAGUGAAACAGUUACAAGAUACACUGAAGGAGGAUGAACAAGAGGAGAAAACCACUCCUGCUGCCCCUCCCCCACCCCCUCCUCCACCUCCUCCUCCCCCACCUCCUCCCCCCCCUCCUGCUGUCACCAAUACACUUGAUUUCCUGAGAAGCAGAAGACAAGAAAGCGCCAGCAAAGCCGAUCAAAACAAAGCAGAACCUUUGGACAUGAAGACGAGAGCGGUGGAUGAAAUGAUGGAGAGAAUAAAAAAAGGAAUCGUCCUGAGGCCCAUCAUGAGAGUACAGGAAGAUGACAGUGCGUGGAAGGACCAGAAGAGUGAAAACAGAAAGUCAGCUAUCGUGGAGCUGAAAGGAAUGCUGGACAACAUGAAACAUCAGAAACUCCGCAGAGUGCCAUCCAGACGGGGAAUGGGCCGAAAUGUUGGCGAAGCGGAGCUGCUGCAGGUGCUGCAGAGGAGGAGGAGAGCCAUGGGGGACCAGCAGGACCAAACACAGGAGCCUCAGACCGGUGCUCAGUGUGUCCCAGCAGCAGGAGACUGUCCCUGGGCUGGAGAGAGCAGCCGCGCCCCGGUGCUCCGGAGGCUGAAGCAGAACCGAGAGAAGAGAGACUCCCGCAUCCGAGCAUCAGCACUGAUCCUCGGAUGAGAAAACUGAGAGCAGCUUCAGGAAGUCCCAUUGUCAGUGCUGUAGUUAUUGCAGGGUCCCGCAAGAAUCCUGAAUAUCUCUUGUUUUACUUCAAAGAAACUGAAUGCAUAUUGGCAGAUUUAUUUAAUUAAUACAUCUAUGCACCGUUUGAUUCAUCAGUUACAAUAAAAUGUGGGUUGAUCUUG